GUCAUCAAUUUUAUCAACAGUUCAUCUCCAUUUAUUAGAGAACCGCCUACACAUGAGGACCUAUUUUAUGAAAUGGUUUACUUGGCUGCACCAACACAAAUAGUUCCGCGACUGGACUGUUGCCAAGCAACACACAUACACAUGUCCUUCGCACUAUCUUGCUGCUCGGCACCAUGGGACGUCUCCCAGUGACGUAAGAGUCUGUUAACGCUGCGGUGAUGCGUUCCCGGCGAUCGGAAGCACCUGCAGACCAGAGGGAUAGUGAUACACUGGCAGCGCGGAGGGAUACAAGAGUAAUACACCUGCAGAGCGGAGGGAUACAAGAGACAAACACCUGCAGAGCGGAGGGAUACAGGAGUGAUCCGCCUGUAGUUAGAUCCCCAGACUGUUAUACUCUAGAUCAGUGCUCAUGGAAUGCCUCGUGUCCGAUCAAAUUGCUUGAUCGGAAAUAAUUGAUUUUUAUCUUUUUAUUUUAAACCUACUUUGUGAGAGUGUCAAACAGACAACCGCUGCGGCUGCUGGGACUACGAAUCCCACAAUGCACCGCGCCGACGUGAUGUGUGAAGUGUCGUGCGGAGUGCGGACGUGAGAGACGUGCGUGACAGCUUUCCACAGAUGGGCUGUUGUUGAGCUCGGUCAGACGCCCCGAGGUCAUCGAGCUCCUCUCUGCAGCUCCUGCGGCUCACAGCGUCCCGAACCCGCGGGAGCGGAGUCUCAGCGACCGCCUCAGAGUGAGAGGUGUACCGACCCUUCGACCCUGGCUGCCGCCGCGGCUCGCGGGGCCCGCUCGGCAUGAGACCCGGGGACGACAUGCGGAGCUCCGUUGUGCAGCGGGUCGCCCGCCAGGCGCUCGCCACCUUCCGGUGUGUCGAGGAGGCCGGCAGAGUUUUCCCGGAGCAGCAGAGCAAACUGCGGGCUCUGCUGAAUGAGGUCAGGGCGGCGGACCUGCGUCUGGGAGCCCCGGGCCGGGGCCCCCAGCCGCCGUACCCCGGUGGCCCUCCGCCGGUUACCUACAUGCACAUUUGCGAGACGGACGAGUUCAGCAUGGGGGUGUUCCUCCUGAAGCGCGGGGCGUCCAUCCCCCUCCACGACCACCCGGGGAUGUACGGUAUGCUCAAAGUCAUGUACGGCAAGACGCGGAUCACGUGCUUCGACCGGCUGGACCUAUCUCCGCUGUCCGGGACUCCCACCGGCCCGUCCGGCUCGCUCCGCCGCUCGGUGCUCCGGUCCACCGGGGAGUACACGGAGCACAGUGGCCCGUGCGUCCUCGCCCCCCACCGGGACAACCUCCACCGGAUCGAUGCGGUGGAUGGACCCACGGCGUUCCUGGAUAUCCUGGCCCCCCCAUACGACCCUGACGACGGGAGAGACUGUCACUACUACAAGGUGGUCCCGGGGGAGGCCGGGGCCCCCCAGGGCUCCGAGGUCUGGCUCAUGGACAUUUCCCAGCCACACGACUUCUGGUGCGGCUCGGAACCCUACCCCGGUCCCGGAGUGGGUCUCUAAAGACCAGGAGGCCCCUCAUCCCCUCGGAUUCUUCAGAACUAGAAGGUCCUCAGCAGCAGACUUACGGAGGCGCUCAAUAUAAACCUCUUCCAUGUUCUCAUAUUGUUCUUAUCUGAUCCAGUUCUGUUGGCAAAAUAAACGCAACUUAAAG